UUUAAUUACAGUUAUGAUAUGGUCCAUUUCGGCCAUGCCAACUCUUUGCGACAAGCCAAAGCCCUUGGUGAUAAAGUCAUUGUUGGCAUACACACCGAUGAGGAGAUUGCCAAACACAAAGGACCUCCAGUCUUUACCGAAGAGGAACGUGUCAAAAUGGUCAAAGGCAUCAAAUGGGUGGAUGAGGUCGUUUUGGGUGCACCCUAUGUAACAACAUUGGAGGUGCUUGAUGAGCAUAAUUGUGAUUUUUGUGUACAUGGAGAUGAUAUUACAAUGACCGCUGAGGGUGUUGACACAUAUCAUUUGGUAAAGAAGGCCAAUAGAUAUAAGGAAGUUAAACGUACAGCUGGUGUUUCGACAACAGAUUUAGUUGGCCGCAUGUUAUUAUUAACUAAAAAUCAUUUCCAUCAGGGUUCCGCCGAAUAUGCCAUAGAAAAAGAAGGUUCAUCGAAUAUGGGUCAAGAUUCAUCCGCUAAAUCACCAUGGACCGGUUGCAGCCAGUUCCUGCCUACCACACAAAAGAUAAUCCAAUUCAGUGAUGGCAAAGCUCCCAAGCCAGGUGAUAAAAUUGUCUAUGUUGCCGGUGCCUUCGAUUUGUUCCACGUUGGCCAUUUGGACUUUUUGGAAAAGGCCAAGGAAUUGGGUGAUUAUUUGAUUGUUGGCCUGCACACAGAUCCGGUUGUGAAUUCCUACAAGGGUAGCAAUUAUCCCAUUAUGAAUCUACAUGAACGUGUUUUGAGCGUUCUAGCCUGCAAAUAUGUCAAUGAAGUUGUUAUUGGCGCUCCCUACUGUGUCACCGAAGAUCUCUUGGAUCAUUUCAAAGUUGAUGUGGUGUGUCACGGCCAGACUCCCAUUGCUCUGGAGGAUGGUAAAAUCGAUCCCUAUGCCAUACCAAAGACACGAGGCAUUUUCUGCCUAAUCGACUCGAAGAACACAAUGACCACGGAGCGUAUUGUGGAACGUAUCAUUUCACAUCGUUUGGAAUACGAGAGACGCAACAAGGCCAAAGAGAAGAAGGAAGUUGAGGCCUUUGAGGCGCUGCAACGUUCCAAGCUGACACAAAAGGCUGGCUAAUAAUCUAGAUGAUGAUGAC